AAAACGUUCGCAACCAUGAUUUCGCUAUCAGUUAAUAGAAUGGCAAGGUUUCCUUUGCUGUCUUUUACUGCCACAAUAGGAAACCCUGUUAGGUUUCAUGCUCCGACUGGAACGUAUUCAGUUGGUUUCUCAAAGGAAUUAAUUCGUCAUCGGUGUAACUGGACACAAGCGGGCAAUCGUGGAACUAUUCUAUCUCAAAAGUCAAGAGCAAUUCAACCUCUUCCAUUCAUAGUUAUCUCACAACGUAACUUUAAGUUAUCCGGGGGACUGAGAAAUGAUAGAAAAGAUUUUUCUGAAAGGAAAAUUCUCGGGUACUCGAUGGAGAGACUUUUUAAUAUAGUGGCUGAGGUUGAGCAAUAUAAACAUUUUGUUCCAUAUUGCAUGAAUUCAGUAGUCACUUCCCGAACUUCAGCAGAACGAUUUACAGCUGAUUUAACAAUAGGCUUUCCACCGUUGGUGGAAAACUAUACAGCUAGCUUCAUGCUAACAUCACCAACAUUAGUGAAAUCCGUUUACAUACAGGGAAAUCUGUUUAAUCAUCUGGAAACAAUAUGGAAAUUCAGUCCUGGACCUAACGGAGAUCCUAAAAGUUGUACCUUUGAUUUCUACAUGUCCUUUGAAUUCCGUUCUUUACUGCAUACUCAACUAUCACAAUUGUUUUUUGAUAAAGUUGUGAAUAAAAUAACUGAUGCGUUUACAGAAGAAGCAAAAAGGCGUUACGGACCACCGUCCAUAACUAACCAGCGAUCGUAUGUAUGAAUAAACUGAUUUUCCUUCGUCAAAA